AUUUGCGAACUGAUCUCUAGGUCUGAGACUUCCUAAGCUCCUAAGAAGAAGAAGACGACCGCAACAGAGCAAUGGAGUCGAGCAAAAAGCUAAAUGGGGCGAAGAGGCGUCACACAGCAUCAAAUGGAAACUCCAAAGCAGAAAGAGUCAAUAUAAUCGAAGAAGAACAAAACCCAAAAGCUUCCAAGCGCAGAAAAUCUGAAGGGCUGGUCUCCAAGUCCUCCAGUUUCCUCGAUAAGAUGAAAGCUAAGCUGUCAGGAGGGCAUUUCAGAAUGCUCAAUGAGAAGCUCUACACUUGCACUGGGGAAGAAGCGCUUGAGUAUUUCAAUGACGACCCAACGUUGUUUGAUGCAUACCAUGCAGGAUAUCAGGAGCAAAUGUCACAUUGGCCUGAGCUUCCUGUGAAUAUAAUCAUAAAAUGGCUAAAAGAUCACAGUUUGUCUCUAGUCGUGGCUGAUUUUGGAUGCGGGGAUGCACGUCUUGCUAAAGGUGUGAAGAACAAAGUCUUCUCAUUUGAUCUCAUCUCAAAUGAUCCUUCAGUAAUAUCUUGUGAUAUGUCAAAUACCCCUCUUGGAUCUUCAUCCGUAGAUGUUGCUGUAUUCUGCUUGUCAUUGAUGGGGACUAAUUUCCCAAGUUAUCUUAAUGAAGCACACAGAAUUCUUAGGCCACGUGGUUGGCUUUUGAUAGCAGAAGUCAAAAGCAGAUUUGAUUCAAAUACUGGAGGAGCAGACCCGAAGAAGUUUACAAAAGCAGUGUGUGAUUUAGGAUUUACCUCCGUGGCUAAGGAUUACUCAAAUAAGAUGUUUAUACUGUUUUACUUCAAGAAAAAGGUGGAGCAAAAUUCAAAGAACAAGGAUAUUGAUUGGCCUGAGUUGAAACCUUGCUUGUAUAAGCGCCGCUGAGAUGUCACCAUGUAUGCUGAACUUAUCAUGUUUGCAAAGAUAGCAAUGCGGCACAGUCACACAACUGCCCAAAAGAUUGGGACCUUUCGUGGAACAAAUGGUCUAUCUGCAGGCAGCCUAAUUCGCUGAUAAUUGAUGGAGAGCAUUGGGGAAGAACAUCAGCUCAAUUGUCCCCGUAUAUCAGUGUCACCUUGUACCCUUGUCUAAGGUGAUAUGGUUUAUGUGAUGCUUAAAUCUUGGUCAAGAACAUCAAAUUGUGAUCUUAAAUUGUAAUUGAUGCUUUAUGUAAUGCAUUAAUUUUGCUGAAGAAAAUUUUAAUGCAUCAAAUUUUGAUCC